AUGGUCUCAACCAUAAAGAGGAGAUACGGCCCUACUACCAUUAUCCCUUCAUCCUUGCCUUGGGCCGUUAUCAUUAUAUUGGUGGUCACCAUGUUGUACAACUUCAGCCUGAAACCCACCGUGGAUUCCUCAUUGGCGAUCUGGUCUCCCGCCAACGGCGUUGUCGAAUACGAAUUGCGUCUCUUCGAUGGCUCGACACCCUCAAGUCGAAGUAAAUAUCAAGGCGAGCCGAACGAGGAGCGAAAUCGAUUGUGGCUUGAACUAUAUGAAUACGUCGGCAUCUCGCAAAUUUCCAAGGCGGACGCAGACAAGCUUGUUGAUAAAACAUCGCCGAUCCCUGGAAAUGAAGAGAACUACUUCAUCCAGCUCGACGUAUUUCACCAGCUGCAUUGUCUGAACACGAUCCGCAUGGCCUUCUGGCCCCAGCACUUCAAUCUUACAUUCUACCUGGGCGAAAACGAAGGGGAAAGGUUGGAACAUAUCGGUACCUAG